UCGUGAAGUUAGUUCUGAUUUUUAAAAUUUUAGUAUAAACUUUUUUCUCUUCCUUUUUAUUUAUUUACUUCUUUUAGGAACAAUUCACAUUUAUAUGAUAUCCUUAAUGAUUAAUUUUUGAAAUCGUUUUCUUGUAAAUUUCUUACACUUUGCAAGAAUGAAUGGAACAAAGAAGAAAAAGAACAAGUCUCUCAAAAAAAAGAAAGUGUUGCUCUCCAUUGUCGAUCCCUGGGAUGUCAAAGUGGCCAGUGUCGAUCCAAUUUGUCUGCAUGAACGACGAGGUAUUUCCUUAUCUGAUAUACCGACAUCCACAAAUAACGGAAGUCAGUUUUGGCCAUCAUCAAAAAGCCCCGUCAAAAUACCAUCACCUUGGUACAAACCAGGAAAUAGUUCUUCCAGUUUAUUGUUGAGUGAUAACAGAAAACCAUUUGAAUCACAUUCAGCAUGCGAUUUGAAAAGUAUACCAAGACCAACUAUUGGACUGCGUCAAGACUUAUUUUCUUCAGAUGGAACUUUUAAACCAAAUACAGCAAUAAAAGACAAUAACAAUACAAAAAUUGAUACCAAUUGUACAAUCGGAUUUGAAGACUUUGCAAAUCUUAAUAUCACACCUAGAGACACAUCAUCACGAGUACGCUUUGAAAACAGCAGUGAGAGAAGUCAAAAAUUUAUUAAUCCAACGGCACCUAAAUUCAAUGAUAUUAGUGUUGUUGAUAAUAGAGAAAAUAUUACCAAUAUUGAACCAAAUUUUCCCUACAAUAUAAUAAUUACAGUUGAGGAUUAUUGUGAUAAUAAUAAUGAAAGACCUACUAAUAUCAACGGCAAAUUAAAAACAAAUUUUAAAAAUAAUCAAUUGAAGUCUAUUGUUCAAGAAUUGGUGGAGUCCAGAUAUACGCCAACGUCAUCUCAUUGUAAGCGAUCGAGAAGACUUCUGUCCUCUCAAACUCCAUUCAAAAUUGAUCAUCCAGACGAAAACAUUCUCUUAACCCCAUUCAAUGAGAUCGAAAUAAUUACAUCAAAUUCAAGAACGAGCGAAACUAGUGAAAAUUCUACAAAUUCACCGUCCACAACGGAGACUAUAGGUCUCGGAUCGAAAAUUCGAAAAACUAGUAUGUCUAUGCCAAGUAAAUUAGAUGACAUGGAUGAUCUCCGAAUAAAUCAUCAAAAGCUUGGAGAACACACUUUAAAGUCCCAGGGUGUCACACACCCAGUGGGGUUUGAGGAUGGAUUCGGAGUUCCAUCAAAAUUCUCACGACCUGAAAGUGACAGCAGCACAACAUUUAGUAAUAGUGGAUCAACACCAAACGAAAGUCAAUUAUGUUCGGAAACUGAAGAUGAAGAAAAUGAUGAAAAAUUUUCAAAAAUUCCCGUGCAACCUUCUCCAAGGCGGAAAUCGAUUUCACCGGCCGCAAAUCAGAAAUUAGGAAAUGAAAAUUUAAAUCUUCCUGGAGCACCAAGUCCUCAUUCUACGAUAACUAGUGUAAAUAGUAUUCAAAGUUUGCUAAAGGAAAAAUUUCAACUGUCCUUGCCUCAGGCACUGAGAAACAGUAAACAACGACAAAAUGCAGAUUAUAGGCUCCGAGCAUUUGUUGGUAUGCUUUUUCUUUGUAUUGUUUUCCUUGUUGGAUUUGCUUACGCUUACUACAACACACAUGUUCUUCAGAGGGCCUAUUUUGACAGAUUCAGGUUCAAUAAUAAUGAAAGAUUGAUGCACAUCUACAAUCGAGCCGGAUCCGAAAUCAUAGCCGCUCGUUUAGGUUUAGGAAUCUCAUCAGAAAGUGGAGUAUUCGAGUGUCUACCGCAGCACCGAAAACGGAAAUCAGUAUGCCUUGAAUGGCUGGACCAAACCCGACUUUAUUUAUCUCAUGGCGAACGCGAUUCAAUGGACUGCUAUAAAUUCAUUUGGCAAAGUCUCAGUCCUUCAUUCAAUCCCAAGGAUUGCUUUGACUGGUCACAUAAUCGUGGUCAUUGGUACGGAGGCGGACAAAUACAGAACAUGGCCUAUCCACUCGAGCAAGGCAAACUUGACCUAAGUCCCUUCAUAACUGGUGACAUUCAAAAGCAUCCUUUCGGCAAUGUUCUCAAGCGUUAUUUUCUUAAUUCAAAAGGUGCCACAAUUCUUGUCGACCCAGACACACCACUCUAUGUCUCAAUCAAUGCGAAUCGUACCAAAGAAUUUUGCCUACAAGCAAAAUAUGAUAACUUUGCCUACAUCAAUCAUCCCACUCCACUACCAUCAUUAAGCUACUCGAUUUGUGCCACUGACAAUAUGAAAAAUCUCCACUCCACAAUGGCGGAAAAAACACUCUGGGAUGGUUUAACACCUGAUGAACUUCAUGCAGUUCAUACACUUCUUACCGAACCAGUUUGGCAAAUAUCACCUACAAAUGAAGCGGCGAUCUAUAAUUACACCGAGGAUGUUAUACUUCUGGGUUUUUUGCGCCAGGGACAUGUUCUACUCAGUGAAGAGUGGCAGGCACAUCCUGGUGAUUUUGUUCUCGAUGAGACACGAUUCCCUUCAAUGGAGGAGACGAUAAAUAUAAUGCACCGAAGAGGUUUUCGAAUCGUCUUUUCGAUACAGCCGUUCAUCUCGACAGAAUCACAGAAUUUUCAGGACGCUGUGACUAAUCGUCUUCUGAUUUCUGAGAGGGGCAGUGAUCCCAGAAUACCAGCAUUGACGAGGUAUAAAAACAUUAGCAGUGCUGGAGUUCUAGACAUAACCAAUAACAAAACUCUCCCUUGGUUGAUGAGCAAACUUGAGAACCUCAUUUCCAAAUAUCAUGUGGACUCCUUCUAUCUCGAUAUAGGAACCGCUCAUGAUAUGCCCCAGUAUUAUAAGUGUGAAUACCCACUCACGAAUCCCGAUCACUAUAAGACCAUAUUCAGCAAAGCGAUUUUGAACUCAGUGCCUGUAAUUGGAGUUUCUGGUGCGAUCUCGAGACCCAAAGCACCUGUCUUCGUUUCCUUACCACCAUUCCCUUCGUCUUGGAAGGCAAUCAAAACUGUCAUUCCAACAAUAUUAAGUUAUGGAAUGAUUGGAUAUCCUUUCAUCAUGCCUGGUGCUGUAGGUGGCGAUGUUGCCUUGCCAAUGUCAGAUAACAAUCCCGAUAAUGAUUUUGAAGUCAGCCUACCAGACAAAGAGCUCUACGUCCGGUGGUUGCAAUUAUCAACUUUUUUACCCGUAAUUAGAUUUACCCAUUUGCCAAGUAAAUAUGCCGAUUCAGAGGUUCUUGAUAUGGCCCGGCAAUUAACGAUUCUGCGUCAGAAGACCGUAACCCCUUUGCUAAAGAAAUAUGCAAACAAUACCUUGGACACUGGUCUACCGAUCAUCAGACCAUUGUGGAUGCUGGAUCCAACGGAUCCAGCGUGUCACGUUGUCGUUGAUGAAUUUUCAGUUGGUGAAGAGUUGAUAGUUGCACCGAUUUUAUACUCCGGAAGUCGGCAAAGAGAAGUUUAUUUACCAGCCGGUGUCUGGAGAGACGGUAUCGAUGGGAGUCUUCGAAAGGGAUCAAGAUGGAUACACAAUUAUAAGGUUCGAGACGUACAGAUUGCUUAUUUUGUCAAAAUGCCCGACAAUACCAGAUUUUGACGAUCUCCUAAAGGAUUUACGUUACUACAUGAUUUCUUGAAACUGCUAUAAGGAAGAAAAAACUUUCUACAUCAAUGAGAAACUAAUUGCAAAAGUAAGAAUUCUAUUCUAAAGGAAGAGUUUUAGAAAAGCAGGAAUCACCAAAUAGAAUAUACUUCCAAAAAGAAGUUGACAUUCGAAAAGGAAAAGUGUAAGUUAGUAAAGAUUACAAUAUUUAUAGAACUUAACAUUUUAAAUAGAGAAAUAUAAUUUUGUUAAGUCGAAGUAAAAAUUUAAAAUGUGAAUAAUUUAAAAAGAAUUUUAUCUAAGAUUAAAACUGUAAGGAAGAGUACCAAAUAAAUAUUCAAUUCUGAAAGAAAAGUUUAAAUACAAGUGAAUAAAUAUAUUGUAUAAGAUAAAUUUGAAACAAAGAAUUAAAUGGGCAAAAAUAAAUUAAAUUCUUUUAGGAUUAGGCUAAUUUACAAGCACACAUGUUUUGUUUGGUAAUAUAAACUUUAAAUUUCGAAUGUCAUAAAGUGACGAGUCAUAUAAAAUAUUUUUUGUGAUGUCGAUUUUAUACUGAAAAAAAUGUAUUUCUGUUAUUGUCAUAAUUAUGGCUCAUUCUAACAUAUUGUAUUUGUAGAUAUGGUACGGAUAUGCAGUGUAGCCUAGCCAUACGUAUGCGAGAAACAGUAUUAUGUACAUGAACUACACCAAUACUGUAUUUAAAGAACACCAAUACUUUAUGCUUAGUUCAGACUAUACUUGUAUGUCAGUCUUAAGAACAUCAUUUUUUUCAGUGCAGCCAAGUGCGAAACUUAGUGUGAUAUUUACAUUUUAGUGCAUUUAUUCAUUACAUUAUAAUUAAAAACAUUUUUUCCAUUUGUAAUUUUAAGGAGAUUAUGGAAAUAGAAAUUUAUUAACAUAUUAAUUCAUGUUUUCAUAUCAUUAUUAGUUUUCUUAUAAAUAUAAUUAUUUAAAUUUAGAUGUAAUUUUUAUUUAAAGUAAAUUCAUGAUCUUAGUGAAAUAAAAUUAACAACAUAAAGAACUUCCUGUUGACGUGUUUUUGGAUACUUUGGAGUUCUGCAUCGAUAAUGCUUAUUGUUGUUUCAAUGAUGGUUUUUAUAAACAAAUAUUUGGAACUCCAAUGGGAUAAUGACCUCCAUUAUCUGGUGUUGCAGCGUAUAUCUAGUAAUGGAGAGACUUAAAACUGAUGUUUUAAAAAAAUUGGAUUUCCAAUAUGUUUUCUUAUUUAGAUAUGUGGAUGAUAUUAUCACGUGUGUCCACAAGAAUAAUUUUAAUAAGUUUAAUAACUUAUUAUAAAUAUUUUAAUAGUUAUAAUGAAAAUGUACAAUUUACCAUCGAAAUUGAAAAUUGCAUUGGCUUUUUAGAUACUCUCCUCAUUAGAGAAGAUAACUGUAUAAUCACAAACUGGUGAUACCAGUGAUAUCAUAAAGGAACUUUUUCUGAAAGAUAUUUAAACUUCAACUCAAAAGUUUCUAUUAAGGAUAAAAUUUCUAUUAUUUUUGGCUUAAGGUAAAAGCACCGGUACUUGGCCACUUUUAAAAUAGUAGCAAAUUUAGCAACGAUUUUUACAAAGAUAAUAAAGUUUUACUUGACAAAAUUUUCAUAUUUCGUUUGUGUUAUGAUUAAAGGACUCAAAUAAAAGAAAUUCGUCUAAA